CUUUCUCCGCAGGAUCUCCAAACUGUCUGCCAUUAACUGAAACGACUCGGUUGUGCGUAAACCAUUGGCGUAAACACAACGUUGUAUGGGAUUUGCGCAGCCAAACACGGAAAAGGGGAAUAGCGAAUUCGUACGUAUGUUUUUUUUUUAUUUUUUGGGGGGGAGCUGUGUCCGAGGGGUUGGGCCAAAUUCCCGGGAAAUGCUCCCUCCGUGUAGCUGCCGUCCGUGCCGGGGUUCGGGAGGUGUCCGGCUGAUGGCACACACACAAGCUAACUGACUAACAACGUGAGAACCGAAGAGCUCCCGUCUUGUUCGUCAAACCCGCGGCACUGUUAACCCUUCUGUGGAUAGAAAUCAUCAUGCCGAGCCCCGACGGAGGGACGUGAAAAAGGACUCUAAAGAACUGCCACAACCGACGACGUGUUGCAAUUAAAGCAACCGAGGACCGAGUCCGUCGGGUCGGUUUGAAAACGACCGUGUUACGUUGAUAGCGCUCUUUUGAUGGCAUGUAUCAGGGUUCGCCUGACACCCGGCACAUAACCGAGGACGCUCCGGCUCUUUGAUGUCUCUGGGUCCAUUCAUCCUGCUGUUGUAAUGACGUCUGUACGGUUAUUAUAAUUCAGUCGGUGAGACAUUUGUGAUUUCACCCUCCUCACACACACACACACACACACAUAUAUAUACAUAUAUAUAUACACACACACAACCCUGAGCCGGUGUCGGGGCGAGAGAGGCUGAGGCGGGUCGGCAGUCGGAAGGAUAUGGGAGAGCGAGCGGAACCGAUGCAGUGGGUCUUGGAAAGGCAUCGUCAAAAUUCAGGGCAGUGAUGCCUGGCAUGGUGAUGUUUCGGCGGCGCUGGUCAGUUGGCAGUGAUGACCUGGUGCUGCCCGCCCUCUUCCUGUUUCUAUUGCACUGCGUCUGGUUGGUGGUUCUCUCCGUGGUUCUGUUCGGCCUCCCAUACGGCUCAGAUCAGUCCUGCUCUGUUACCCUGGUAGACCAUGGCAGAGGGUACCUGGGCAUCCUGGUCAGCUGCCUCAUCUGUGAGAGCGCCAUCAUGUGGUUGAGCAUGAGAGGCAGCAUUCUGUACACACAGCCCAGGGAAGCUGUGCAGUAUGUCCUCUAUAUACGACUAGCUAUUCUGCUGGUCGAGCUAGUAUAUGCUGUGGUAGGAAUUGCCUGGCUUGUCCAGUAUUACCAGCCAUGCUCUGAUGUCACUGCCAAAAACCUGGCUUUGGGAAUUGUUGCAUGCAACUGGCUAGUGAUAUUCAGCGUUUGCAUUACCCUCAUGUGCACCUUUGAUCCUACGGGUCGGACUUUUGUCAAACUGAAAGCCACCCGUCGGCGUCAGCGCAACCUCACUACGUACACACUAAGACACAGGCUAGAGGAAGGCCAAGCCAGCAGCUGGAGCAGGAGACUAAAAUUCUUCAUGUGCUGCACAAGAGCCCAGGAUACACAAUCAGAUGCGUAUUCAGAAGUGGCCAGCCUUUUUGCAGAGUUCUUCAGAGACCUGGACAUUGUGCCUAGUGAUAUUAUUGCUGGCCUGGUACUUCUCCGCCAGAGACAGAGGUCUAAGAGAUCUUCUAUCCUGGACCAGGCUAACAAUGACAUUUUAGCCUUCUUAUCUGGAAUGCCUGUCACUCGUAAUACUAGAUACCUGGACCUUAAGAACUCGACCGAGAUGAACAUGUACAAGGAUGUGUGUUAUUACAUGCUCUUUGCCCUGGCUGCAUAUGGUUGGCCCAUGUACCUAAUGAGGAAGCCUGCCUGUGGGCUGUGCCGCCUUGCCAGCUCCUGCCCCUGUACAUCAGUGUCUGGCUCUCGGUUGUCUCAGUCUGUGACAGUGGAGGAGGACAAUUGUUGCGGCUGUAACGUCCUGGCCAUACGCAGACACUUCCUGGACAGGGACCUCAAGCAGGUUCACAUUGUCUACACUUCCUGCCACGAUGCUGUUUAUGAGACUCCAUUUUUUGUGGCAGUGGAUCAUGCAAAAAAGAAGGUCGUCAUCAGUAUCAGAGGAACCCUAUCACCAAAGGACGCCUUGACGGAUCUAACGGGAGAUUCUGAACGUUUGCCUGUAGAGGAGCAACACGGGACCUGGCUUGGCCACAAGGGGAUGGUUUACUCAGCAGAAUACAUUAAGAAGAAACUGGAGCAGGAAAUGAUCUUGUCACAAGCCUUUGGAAGAGAUUUGAACAAGGGCACCAUGCACUAUGGGCUGGUGAUAGUCGGGCACUCUCUUGGUGCAGGCACUGCUGCUAUCCUCUCCUUCCUGCUGAGACCUCAGUACCCCACACUUCACUGCUACUCUUACUCUCCACCUGGUGGCCUUCUUAGUGGGGAUGCCAUGGAGUACUCCAAAGAGUUUGUCACAUCUGUGGUAUUAGGAAAAGACCUGGUACCAAGACUUGGCCUGUCACAACUGGAGGGUUUUCGACGCCACCUUCUGGAAGUCUUACAGAAAAGUAACAAGCCAAAGUGGAGGAUCAUUGCGGGAGGCACCAAAUGCAUCCCGAAAUCAGAGCUUCCACUAGAGGACGAUGAUCCUCAGUCUCAGCCAGCAGCGCCCCCCAGCAGUCGCCUGUGGCUCCACCCCAGUGACCUCAGCAUUGCCCUUUCAGCCUCCACCCCCCUCUACCCUCCUGGCAAGAUCAUCCAUGUGGUGCACAACCAUCCUCCAGAGACAUUCUGUGGCCAGGAGGAGCCCACCUACUCAGCUCUGUGGGGGGACAACAAGGCCUUUGAUGAGGUCAUCAUAUCGCCCGCCAUGCUUAAUGAGCACAUGCCCCACAUGGUGAUGGAGGGCCUAAACAAGGUGCUGGAGAACUACAACAAAGGGAAAACUGCUUUGCUGUCAGCAGCCAAGAUCAUGGUGAGCCCCACAGAAGUGGACUUGAACCCAGAGUCCAUAUUUAUGGAUGCAUCAACAACUUCUCAGCAGCCGACGCCUACAACCCACCACCGCAGGAACAGUAGUGUUCGACAAAAAACAUUGUUACGUUCAUGUGCCCAGUCUGAAAUAUCUCUGGAUGGUUUCUCUGAGUGCCCUCCUCCCCCAGUGCCUGUAGUGCUGCGUGGCGCACGGGAGCGCCUGGCAGUGGAGCUGAGGGACCGCAAAGCACCUCUGGCCGUCAUGGAGAGUCUCUCAGACGCCGAAUCCCUCUAUAGUCUGGAUUCCCGGCGCUCCUCGGCUGCGCUAAGGGGUUCACCAAUGCUGAGUAGCCUCCCAUUCCCUUUGGAUGCCCCGAUCCCAGAGGAGAACCCGUCUCUCAGCUCUCGCACUGAACUGCUGGCUGCCGACUGCCUCUGCCAGGCAACGCCAGAGCACCUGGGUGAGGUUGGGCCCUUCUUUACCCCACUGGAAUCCAGAUCCACCCCGGAUUACCCCAUGCGGCUGUCUCCCGCCACACCUCGUUACAGUGGACACCAUUCCCCAGCUCUGCUAAAUCAGAGCGUCUUGGCUCAGCCUUUCAAACCAGAGCUUAACGCCGACCCAAAAAUGCUUCCUGAUGGGGAACACCAAGAGAUGCCUGGUGUCUACAGCCCAGGGAGCACUCCCAAUGCUCCCCUCAGCCCACAAAUUGGUUCUAGACCAAUGGAUAGAGAAAAGGAAGAUUGGGAGCUGGACACAGCAGAGAACCAGUUAAGCAAAGAGACCAGACCGGCAGCUUCUACUCCUCCACCCCAACUAUCCAAUGGGAAUCCCAGCCAGGCAGUGCUGGAGUUUGCCCAGUACUUAGACUCUCUAUUCAGAUUGGACGGCAGCAGCUCACCGCCUCUGGAGCUUUCUGACGGGGAGUCAGAGUCAGGCCGGGGCUCUUUUGGGCAGGGGGAAUGUCUUGGAGAUGGACAGCAGUUGGAUGACAAACAACUUCUGGCCAGAGCAACACUGGAGCCUAACCUAGUCCCAAAGCCCCCACGCACAUUUGCUGGAUCUGCUGACCCCUCUUCCGGCAUCUCUUUGUCACCCUCCUUCCCUCUCUCGUCGUCUGAGGAGCUCAAUGACCUUUCCCCCGGUGAGGGUACCCUGCCAGCCAUACACUCCCUACGAACAUCUCCCCCAUGCCACUGUCCUGAAGAGAACACACUAUCGUCUAUGGUGUAGUGUGUUGCCAAGACUCCAAUGGUCCUUUGCUCUAAAUUGAGAGGUGCAGUCAUCAAAAUUUUAAAACAUAUCACAGUACAUGCAUGCAAUGGAAUGCAGUCACUCAUCAGAGAUCCAAUGACAGAACUUGAUGGACCAACUCGCAAACUAUUUCCAUUCUUCAGGUGUCUCCCUUGAACGCUGUUUAUAGCAUUUUCACACUAUUGCAAUGACUAAGAAAAAAAAAGAUACCUCUCUCUGCAUGCCAGGGGGCUGUACUGCUUUUGGGUGAAUAUAAAUAAACUGUAGCUUCACAAUGCCAUUCCAAAACAAUGUCGUCUCACCCACGUAGGGACGCGUCAGCAUUACACCAAUUCCUUGACUUAACAAAAUCAAAGGGAGAACAGUUAACUGAGCAGGGAUUCAAAAACACUGUAGAAGAGGUUAGCAUAGGCACAUCAUCUGGGUUGAUGUACUGUACAACUUCCUGCACCCUCAGCAGCUCCAGCUUUUACUUUAUUUUUAUUUUUAAAAAUCAGGAAUGUGAAGAUGGACAUAUUCGUCAAUCAAUAGAGGUGAGAAGACAUUACCAAAUGUUCCUCAGGUCUAUAAAGAAUUGACUUUCAGAAAGAGAGUAAGUGUGUUACAUUGGUGAGAAUUCAUGUGUCUUAAAAAUGUAGUGAUUGUGACAAAGUUAUUACUGACGCCUAUGGAUGUUUUUGAGUCUUUUGGUUACUCUUUAUAGUGCAUGAAGAAGUUUUUUUUUCUUUAUUUUUAAAGAGAAAUUGUCAAUAAGCCACUUAGAUUGACAUUUGGAUACUCUUGCACACAUCACAUAUUGCUCAAUUUACCCCCCCCCCUUGCCAAAAAAUUUAAUAAAUUGUAUUGCCAAAUGUAUUUAUGAGAUGUAAUUUUGUAUAUGUAUAUGGAUAUUGCUUUAUUUAAACACAAGCUAAGUUCAUUAUCUCCUUCCCUAGCCAUUCUGUUGGUUCCCAUAUCGACUGUUACACAGCAACACCACAGAAAAGAUGUCAUCCUGACCUUAAAACACUGCCAUGGCUUUCAUCUCAACCUCUGUACCUUGGGUUUGAACCAAUAAUGAACUUGCUAAUAGUUGUCCUAGUCUCAUAACUACUGUACCUUUCCUCUUUGGAGAGCUCUUAGCAAUGUGCCCAGGUCAGGGUCUGCAUGCUUAAUGCAUUUCAGAGUAGCAUGGCUGGUAUAGAACAAGUCUUGUCAUUAAGUCACAGUAAAUAAGCUCUAAACAUGUCCAGAAAUGAUAGCAUAUGUAAACUCAAUCCUUUUUAGAGGCUUUUUUUAAAGGCCCAGGUCAUCAGACAGGACCAAACUGUGUAUCCUAAAAGUGUCCCAAGAUAUAAUUUCUCUUGUUCUCAAGGUGCUCUCAGUCAUCUUGGACGUCAAGGUGUUUGCUUCCCUUUAAUGUGGUUAAUCUGAAACAUCCUUGAGGUUGGACUGAAUGAAUAAAUGGGCUGGAACAUUACGUAUGCCGAUUCUAAAUACUGUAUGGGGCGUACGAUCUUCCAUAUCACUCUGGGUGUUAACAGGUGGCUCACAAUUUGCAUUAUUUAUUACCGUUAAUGUUGUUAUCACUUUUAUUGCUAUAUUUGAUGGUAUUAUUAUCCUUAUUGCUCUUGCAACAGAUUGGUUUGAUGUCAGUGGUUUUUAUCUCAGUUUUUGGGACAGUGUGGAGAACUUUUUAGACCUUCCCAAAUGUAAGGAGUUAUAUAUUUCAGCUUUUUUUCUGUCCGAGUGGAAAAGUAUUUGACAUUCUGCCAUGGCAUGGUGACAAUAUGCUCUUUUUACAAACGUUUCAUAGUGGUGAGACAUGCUGCAGAGUGACAGCCUGCUCACAAUGACCUUUGGUGCAGCGCCACCAUCAAGCCCGGAGUCACCAUAGUGAUCUGCACACUCUCUCUAUUUGGAAUAAGAUUUGCUGUGGUUACUCACAGCAGAUUGUUCCAGCCAGUUUACAGUCUGACACUACUCAAAUCUUGCUGCCAGUCCUAGUAGUCUCUCACAAAAUACACCAAGGUUGGGCCAGCAAUUUCCUACGUUCAGUAGCUUUGCUUGCAGCCGGUCAUACACUAAACACUGCUGAAAGUAAGCACUAUAAUACUUUCCACCAUGAUGUGUACAGCACCAUCUUCUAUGUGUAACUAUUUAUGCAGAUGUCUAAAAAAAAUGAUUCUGAUAGAGUCAUGUAGAAACUAUAUAACAAUAAGGAGAUAAUGACUAUAUUAAAAGAUAUCAGUAUUGACAUAUAGAGUAAAAAAGAUAUAUUUCAUCUGAAAGUUAUUUAUUCAAACUAUUGGCAGAUUUACAAAUUGGUCUAUAUCGAAAGAGGAAUAAUUCAACUAUGUCUUGUCCAUGUUUACCUGGUUUGCUUCCCUUCCUCUCCUGUCCCACGAUGAGAAUGUAUUUAAUCCCUCCCCCUCACUGCCCUGCCUGUAAUGGAAUAAACUGCAAACUAUGAAAAUAA